CUUUACUUAGAAGUAAUUUAAUGCUAGAAAUGUAUGGAUAUUUAAAGAAAAAUAGGUUGCCUUCUCAAUACCAGUUAUGGCUUGUGCAACCCUCUGGAACUGCAGGACCUAAGAAGUUGACGCAGGUUCAACGAUUUGAAUUUAUCAAGGAACGUUUUAAUGGUGUUGGCAAGGAGUCUACAUUGUUGAGCUGGAUGCAUUCAUUUGUCAAGCAGUUUUAUGCUUCAGUCAUUAAAUCUGACUACGCAACCAUGCGACUCUGUUUCAUCAUGACGCAUUGCCGAGGAAACCCCAAAUUUGGCUUCCGCACAUACAUGGUGCGAGCUGUGGAGGCUGAUUUCAAGAAGGUGGUUGGCAUAAGAUGGUACCUGUGGAUAUUCGUUGUGAUAUUCAUGCUGCUGAACGUCAAUGGCUGGCACACCUACUUCUGGAUCUCCUUCGUUCCUCUCAUCCUGCUGGUGGUUGUGGGCACGAAGCUGGAGCACGUGAUAGAUCAGCUGGCGCAGGACGUGGUGGAGAAGCACUCGGCGAUCGAGGGCGACCUGGUGGUGAACCCGUCGGACGAGCACUUCUGGUGCGGUAAACCCAGGGUGAUCCUCUACCUCAUCCACUUCAUCCUCUUCCAGAACGCCUUCGAGACGACGAGAUCGCGCUCUUCUUCUAGAUCCUGGAUUGCAAGACCACCUACGGAUUCAACUCGUGCAUCAUGGACCACGUCCCCUUCAUCGUGUCAAGGCUCGUCAUCGGGGCCGUCAUCCAGCUGCUGUGCAGCUACAACACCCUGCCUCUGUACGCGAUCGUCACAUAGAUGGGGACCUUCUACAAGGAGAUCUUCGACGAGCAUGUCUAGCAGGGGCUGUUGGGGUGGGCGCAGAAGGCCAGGAUGAGGACGGAGUUAUUCAAGGAUGCUGCUGCAGCCGCGGCCGGACCCACCAUGCAUGGCCCGUCAUCCCCACUGGAGAUGCUGCGACGCGCUGCCGCCUUGAUGCAGUGCCGUGGCGCGCCGCCGAGAUGAAGUGCCAUGAAUCAAUCAGUCGAGACACAACCUAGCGACAACAACAACUAAAAAACGGUGAUCGUUUCAAUCUAUUAUAUGGUUCUAUAUAUCCAAAGGAAUUGACACCGAUUAUUAUCCAAGAAAAAAAUGUUACCUGCCAUAGUGUGUCUUGCCAUACAAUACCGGCAUAUUAUAUUUUAGAAAUGUGAUGUAAAUCUUAUUCGUUUACAAAAAUAUGGAUGUACAGGAUGAAUGCGAACUCCGAAAAAUAAUUCUAGGACAACUGCUAACAUUCAACGACAACGAAUUUGAAGACAACAUACGUGCUGGUGUACUAGAAUUCCUCAGUUGUAUCAAGAAAACCAAAAUUAAAACUGCUAUAUAAAAUCUCUAGAUAUUUGUGUAAAUUGAUUCUGUAAGCUACUUUAGAAACUUUAUUGUUUUUUCAAGAUUUAUAUACUUCGUGCUAACUUCCAUUUUCUCUCAACAGGACAUGUGCUAUUAU